GAAUAUUUUGUGAUGUUUGUGUAGAUGCACUGGGACUUUGACAUGUACAUCAGGAACAGAGUUGACACGUCUCCGAGCCCCGUGGAGUGGAGGACGAUGCGGAACCAGCUGCUGGGGUUCGUGGGCUUCAUGCUGCUGAUGUUUGGUUUGGGAGAGAUGUUCCCCUGCUACCAGCCUGUGGCUCCUAAACAGUAUCCUUACAGCGACCUGUAUCUGGAGAGAGGCGGAGAUCCUGCGAAAGAACCAGAACCUGUCAAAAAUUAUGUAAUCUAAUGCUAGAAACCUCUGUUUCAUAACUUGUGUAUAUUUCUGUCUCUCUAAUAAAGUUCACUUAAAU